AUGCAUAAAUGCGGGAUCCACAAACACCCCACAUCAAAGGAAGGUGGGGAACCGGUUCCAGAGGCACCUGUUUUAGAACCAAAGCCUGAAGAAACUCCCGCUCCAAGUGAAACUGUAACUCCAAAUCCCCUCACUCCAAGUGAAACCGAUAUUUUGACCCCUGCUCCUCCUGCUUCAGGUGAGACUGGAAGUGUAACCCCUAAUCCACUCGCUCCAAGUGGAACUGGUUUACUGACUCCUUCUCCUGGGACAAGCCCGGUUCCAGAGGCGCCUGUUUUAGAACCAAACCCUGAAAAACCACCUGCUCCUCCAGGUGAAACUGUAACCCCAAACCCUCUCACUCCAAGUGAAACCGAUAUUUUGACCCCUGCUCCUCCUGCUCCAGGUGAAACUGGAAGCGUGACCUCUAACCCACUCGCUCCAAGUGGAACUGGCUUACUGACUCCUUCUCCUGGGACAAGCCCGGUUCCAGAGGCACCUGUUUUAGAACCAACCCCCGAAAAACCUCCUGCUCCUCCAGGUGAAACUGUAACCCCAAACCCUCUCACACCAAGUGAAACCGAUAUUCUGACUCCUGCUCCUCCUGCUCCAGGUGAAACAGGAAGCGUGACCCCUAACCCACUCGCUCCAAGUGGAACUGGUGUACUGACUCCUUCUCCUGGGACAAGCCCGGUUCCAGAGGCACCUGUUUUAGAACCAAACCCCGAAAAACCCCCUGCUCCUCCAGGUGGAUCUGAAACUGUAACUCCAAACCCUCUCACUCCAAGUGAAACCGACAUUCUCACCCCUGCUCCUCCUGCUCCAGGUAAAACAGGAAGGGUGACGCCUAAUCCUCUCGCUCCAAGUGAAACUGGAGGCGUGACCCCUACAUCUCCUGCCUUAGGUGGAACUGGAAGUGUGAGCCCCGCACCUCCUGCCCCAGGUGGAACAGAAACUGUGACCCCUAGUCCUCUCGCUCCAGGUGAAGCUGGAGGUGUUGCCUCCACACCCCCUGCUCCAGGUGAUACAGGAAGUGUGACACCAAACCCUCUUGCUCCAACUGAUUCUGGAAGUGUGACACCAAAUCCUCUUGCUCCAAGUGAGACUGGAGUUUUGACUCCUGCACCUCCUAUUCCAGGUGGUGCAGAAAGUGUUACCCCUACCCCUCUAACUCCAAGUGGAACUGGAGACACUACCCCUACACCCCUUGCUCCAGCCGGAACUGGAAGUGUGACCCCUAAUCCUCUCGCUCCGAGUGGGACUGCUGCUCCAAGUGGAACCGGGAGUGUGACCCCUAAUCCUCUUGCUCCAAGUGGGACUUCUGCCCCAGGUGGGACUGGAAGUGUGACUCCUAAUCCUCUCGCUCCAAGUGGGACUUCUGCUCCAGGUGGAACUGGAAGUGUGACCCCUAAUCCCCUCGCUCCAAGUGGGACUGUUGCUCCAGGUGGAACUGAAAGUGUGACUCCUAAUCCUCUUGCUCCAAGUGGGACUGUUGCUCCAGCCGGAACUGGAAGUGUGACACCUAACCCUCUUGCUCCAAGUGGGACUGUUGCACCAGGUGGGGCUGGAAGUGUGACCCCUAAUCCUCUCGCUCCAAGUGGAACUUCUGCUCCUGGUGGAACUGGUAGUGUGACACCUAAUCCUCUUGCCCCAAGUGGGACUGUUGCUCCUGGGGGAACUGGCAGUGUUACCCCUAAUCCUCUCCCUCCAAGUGGGACUGCUGCUCCAGGUGGAACUGGAAGUGUGACCCCUAAUCCUCUCGCUCCAAGUGGAACUUCUGCUCCAGGUGGAACUGGUAGUGUGACACCUAAUCCUCUUGCCCCAAGUGGAACUGUUGCUCCAGAGGGAACUGGCAGUGUGACCCCUAAUCCUCUCGCUCCAAGUGGGACUGCUGCUCCAGGUGGAACUGGAAGCGUAACGCCUAGUCCUCUUGCCCCAAGUGGGGCUGGGGGUGUGACCCCCACUCUUCCUGCUUCUGGUGAAACUGUUGGUGUAACUCCUAAUCCUCUCGCUCCAAGUGGAACAGGAACAAGCCCCUCUCCUAUCUCACCAGGUACUCCUCCUAAUAAAGGUGCAAAGCUAAGUGAGCCUGCUGAUACUCGUCCGAAGGAACCUUACGAUCCUAACACGCCAGCGAAGUUGCUUAAAGUUGUUCUUGGUUUGAUUGGUCAGAUAUUUAGUGCCGCACUUUCUGAUCCUGGCAGCGAAAAGUACCAACAGCUCAAGAAUUCAGUUGAACUAGCGAUCAUGGCGGCGUACGACGCAAUUGAAUCUUUCCGUUCAGUCACUGUCACUGGAUUUAGGCCAGGAGGCACUACAAGUGUAAGAAAAUGGGCUCAUCUGAGGCGCUCAUCCAAUCCGUCUAAUACAGUAGACGUCGAGGCAGAGCUUGAAUUUACCGACGAAAGACCGAACCAACUCGCUCCCUUGGAGAAAGACGUCCAAGAUGGAAAUUUGAAUAAUCUCAAAGUUCUACCACAAGUCAAUGCAGCGAUAAUUACCGGCGAUACCCAAGACUUCUGUCCACCUUCUUGUACGUCGACCGACAUGUGUCAGCAACCCCAGUGUCCCGUAAGCUGUUGCUCCCCACCGGCUACGAAUACCUGUCAACAACCAACUUGCCCAAACGCAUGUGCUCCAGGCUGCACGAUGACAUGCUGUUCAGUCGGACCACAAGCUCAUCUCGUCAAGAAAUCCACAAAAACAAAAAAGAGUUAAUUAAACUCUGAUUAAUCACGGAUUGUGAAGUACGGAUUUUUUGCAUUCAGUAAUGCUGGACGAUGGCAUUGUGUAAAUGAACAAUAUGUUGUAUAAAUUCACUUGAAGUGCACGAUAAAAGUGUUUCUCUGCAUUAUAAUAUUUGUAGCUUAAAACAAUAGCCUAAGAAAGAAUUUUUUGAAGCUUACCCCGCGUGCUUAACUAAAAAUUACAUCUCGUUAUCCAUGCAUAUACUUGAGUGCAUUUUCUUCACAUUUCAGAAUUACACCGAGCCAUUAUAAUCACAAGCAUUGAUUGUGCGUGUCGGUUCAUCACCUC